AUGGUGGAAAUUAAAAAGUCAUUUGGAUCACAAGAAAAAUGCGUUGCAUGCUCAAAGACUGUAUACCCAACCGAACGUUUAGCAUCUGAUGAACGUGUUUACCACAAGGCAUGUUUCCGUUGCACUCUUUGUAACAGUACCUUGAAGCUUGGUAACUAUGCCAGUAUGGAGUCCAAGGGAUACUGCAAACCAUGUUUCAAGAAACUCUUUUUCACCAAGGGUAACUACAGUGAAGGUUUCGGUAAAUUGAAGCCACAACACGAACACGAUCUCAAAAAGGGUACUCCAACCGUCACUGAAGUCACUCCAGUCCCACCACCAGUCAACUCUACCAAGACUGUUGUCGAACCAGUUCGUGCUUCACCAGAUGUUGUUACCAAGACCGCUCCAGCUCCAGCUGCUGCUGCCUCUACCCCAGCUGCCUCCUCUGCUGCCACCACCGCUCCAGCCAAAAAAUACGUACCAAACACUUUCCAAGGUUUCACUCCAGCUCCAUCCAAGCCGGUUGCCAAGGUUGCUGCUCCCAAGCCAGCUGCUGCCACCCCAUCCAAACCAGUCGAAGAAAAAUUAUCCGAAUUGGCUGUUCAAGAAGAUGCUCCAAUCGAACCAGAACAAGUUCAAGAAGAUGCUCCAGUUGAACCAGAACAAGAACCAGAGCAAGAACAAGAACAAGAACAAGAAGAAGAAAUUGUCGAACCAUCAGUUGUUACUCCAGCUGAACCAGAGCCAGUCCCAACUGCUUAA